UUGGCGUAAAUUUAAGAAGUCGUCCUUUCCAAGUUUUUGAUCCUAAAUCCCAUCCCAUACGUAAAUUUUUUUGGUAAAACAGCAAAUAAAGUAGAUGCGUGCAAAGUCCAGUCAUCCCAAAUUUCUAAUCCGCUUUUCGUCAACACAAGGAUCGCCUUCAUGCCCAGUGCUGUGUGUGUGGCCACUGAAGUAAAAGUAAACCCCGAAAGUCUCCAACGCAAUUAAAUCACCAUUCACUCGCUCGUAAGAUCUCGGCGAGAGCGCAAAACGCAGUCGUUUCACUAUGAAACGCGAGUGCCACCGCUCGAUCUCGGGGUCUUAAGUUUGCGAUGCAGCCGAAUUUGUUUCCCUUUGGAAGCGUGCUGGGGAAUCCUUUCAUUUUCAAUGGCGACGGCGAUUUGAGCGAGGGAGGAGGAGGGAUCGAGAGCUCUAGGGUUUUCUUCUUGCUCCCGUUCUUCUUGCUCUCCCAGGGAGGAGCAAUGGAUUUGUCCAAGGUCGGCGAAAAAAUCUUGAGUUCCGUUAGGUCCGCCAGAUCUCUUGGAUUGCUCCCUCCCGUUUCUGAUCGCCCCGAGGUUCCAGCUCGAGCUGCUGCUGCAGCUGCUGUAGCUCGUGCUCUUGCAGGGUUACCUCCUCAUCAGAGAUACAGUCUUUCAUCAAGUUCAGAAGAACUAAGUUCAAUAUAUGGAAGCAGACCUCAAGGCCAAGUAGUGGAGGAGCUGGAGGAUGAAUUCUAUGAAGAGGACUUUGAUCCAAUUAGGCAUGUUUUAGAGCACGUUCCAGUUGAAGAGAACGAGCUAACAUAUUUUGAAAAACAGGCUGCCCUUAGAUUGGCACAACUGGAUAGAGUAGCCGAGCGUUUAUCUCGCCAUGUUAUGGAGCAUCAUGAAGUGAUGGUGAAGGGGAUGAAUUUGGUCAGAGAAUUGGAAAAAGACUUAAGAAUUGCAAAUGUCAUCUGUAUGAAUGGAAGAAGACACUUGACAUCAUCUAUGAAUGAGGUUUCAAGAGAUCUGAUUGUGAAUUCUUAUUCUAAAAAGAAACAAGCUCUUCUGGACAUGCUUCCAACCUUGACUGAACUUCGACGUGCAUUGGACAUGCCAUCAACACUUGAAUCCCUUGUAGAAGAAGGGAAUUACUGGAAGGCAUUUCAAGUCCUAUCUGAGUAUUUGCAAAUCUUAGAUAGUUUGUCAGAGCUUUCAGCAAUACAAGAAAUGAGUCGUGGUGUGGAGGUUUGGCUGGGAAGAACUUUACAGAAGCUGGAUGCUCUUUUAUUGGGAGUAUGCCAAGAAUUCAAGGAAGAUGGCUAUAUAACAGUAAUUGAUGCAUAUGCAUUAAUAGGGGAUACUGCCGGUCUUGCUGAAAAGAUACAGAGUUUCUUCAUGCAAGAAGUUAUAUCAGAAACACACUCUGUAUUAAAGGCUAUUGUGCAUGAGGAUGAGGAGGGACUUUCGCAAAAUAGUAGGCUUACUUACAGCGACUUAUGCCUUCGAAUACCUGAUUCAAAGUUCAGGCAAUGCUUAUUACGAACAUUGGCUGUUUUGUUUGACCUUAUGUGUUCAUACCAUGAAAUUAUGGAAUUCCAGCUAGAAAGAAAGGACUCAGCAGCACAAACUUCAAAUAAGUGCAAUGAAGAGAUUUCCUGUAGUCCAGGUGAGACUCAGGAAGUUGAUUCAGAUGUAAGAGCCUGCAAUAAUUCUAUGUCCAGUUCCAGAGAUGUAAUACAUGGCUCAUCUUCUAGGGAGGAAUCUGCAACAAAGAGCUCACUGACUGAAACCAGUGGUUCACCAUAUAGUGAUUUUCAUGAUACAAUUAAGGAGGCUGGAAAGGAGGACAGUGCAACAUCAAGCAUUGAGUCCCCUUGGUACCAUCUUCGCAAAGAAGCUACAACAUUUGUUUCACAGACCCUUCAAAGAGGACGCAGGAAUCUGUGGCAUCUCACUGCAAGUCGUGUGUCAGUAUUGCUUUCUUCUGCUGCAGUCUGUACUGCUAGCAUUCAUCAAUUCUUGAAAAAUUAUGAAGACCUCGGUGUCUUUAUUUUGACUGGGGAAGCCUUUUGUGGAAUUGAAGCAGUUGAAUUUAGGCAGAAGUUAAAGGUUCUUUGUGAAAACUAUUUCAUAGCUUUUCAUCGACAAAAUGUGCAUGCACUAAAAAUGGUUUUGGAGAAAGAGACUUGGCUAAAAUUACCCCCAGAAACAGUACAUAUGAUCAGUUUUGCAGGACUUAUUGGUGAUGGAGCACCGUUGAUUUCUUUAUCCAGUGGUAAAUCAACUAAUGUCAGUGCAGUCCAUUCCAUUAAAUCGGUGAAUAUGGUUCACACUGGUGCAAGGAAGAAUGGGUUUUCUCACUGGAUUAAAAGUGGAAACCCUUUCCAGCAAAAAUUACCAACCUCCAAUGAAGGUCGUGGUUACUCGCAACCUAAUGGAUCAGUUUGUGGUGAAUUUGACGGAAGUUCAACCAAUAAUUUUCAUGACGAUAAAACACCCAGAAAGAAUGAUAUCAAUCAAAUGAAUGGUGCCAAUUCUGUUUCAGAAGAUGAAAAUGAGGAUCUUCUUGCUGACUUUAUUGAUGAAGAUAGUCAACUACCAAGUCGAAGUUCUAAACCCCAUCAUUCAAGAGCUCUCUCUUCACAUGUUAAUGACGAAGAGAAUACAACACAAACUGGAUCUUCUCUCUGUCUAUUAAAGUCUAUGGAUAAAUAUGCAAGGCUUAUGCAGAAAUUGGAAGUGGUAAAUGUUGAGUUCUUCAAGGGAGUAUGCCAAUUGUUUGGAUUUUUUUUCUAUUUUAUAUAUGAAACAUUUGGUCAGCAAAACGCUAGUUCAACUGGAAAAGGCACUUCUAGCUCUCUUAACUAUCGCCUGAGAACAGCUUUAUCCAGAGUAAACCAAGAUUGUGAAGAGUGGAUUAAGUCUCAAUCGUCGUCACCAACAUCUUUGAGUUCACCAUUUGUACAUGCUGAGUUGACACCUACACACCCUCCCAAUACAAAUUAUGGUCACUCCUCAGGGACUUCUUUGGGUCUGAAGGAAAGAUGUGUGGCUGUUGACACUAUAUCUCUUGUUGCUCGAAUACUGAAUAGAUCUAGAGCUCAUCUCCAAUCAAUGCUCUUGCAAAGUAAUUCAACUAUACUUGAGGAUUUCUAUGUUCAUCUGGUGGAUGCUGUACCAGAUCUUACAGAACAUGUUCAUCGGACUACAGUGAGACUACUGUUGCACAUUAAUGGAUAUGUUGAACGUGUUGCCAAUUGUAAAUGGGAAGUAAAAGAGCUUGGCAUGGAGCAUAAUGGAUAUGUUGAUUUGAUGCUGGGGGAGUUUAAGCACUAUAAAACACGACUUGCUCAUGGAGGAAUUCGUAAAGAGGUUCAAGACCUAUUAUUGGAUUAUGGGCUUGAAAUUGUGGCGGAAACUCUUGUUGAAGGACUUUCACGGGUGAAGAGAUGUAGUGAUGAAGGACGGGCCCUUAUGUCAUUAGAUCUGCAGGUUUUGAUCAAUGGGUUACACCAUUUUGUGUCGCUGAAUGUGAAGCCCAAGCUACAAAUGGUUGAGACUUUCAUCAAGGCUUACUACCUUCCCGAGACAGAAUAUGUGCACUGGGCACGAGCACACCCGGAAUACAGUAAAAGCCAGGUUGUUGGACUGGUCAACCUUGUUGCCACUAUGAAAGGUUGGAAGAGGAAAACCAGGUUGGACAUACUAGAAAAGAUUGAAUGAGCAUGUCUUUUGUUGUGUAUCAAGUCAGGCAAAUAGAAUCUUCUGCUCUUUUUCCCCUUUGUCUUUCUUUUUUGGCAGAGCUUCGUGUAAAGGUAGUGUAUAUUGCUUGGCAUUUGAUCCCCUAUUAAUUAUGGAGUAUUUUCCAAAUCUGUGCGUUGGUGUCUUGUAGAUAGUCCUUCGAAAAUAAGCUGUAAUUGUACUAUAAUUUUACCUUAUAAUUUUUUUUUAUCAUGUUAUUCAGGUAACUGAUCGGUUAUUCCCUCUCCUUGAUUAACAUAACUCGUGAGGGAAUGAAUUAUCAUAUCAAAAUUUUGUAUUUAUCUUUUAAUUUCUAAAUAUUCAAAAAUUUUAAGAGUCCUACU